AUGGAUAAUCCAGGAAUACUUCCUUUUUACAAAAAGGACUAUGCAGACUAUUGCAGAGUCGUCAGAGAAUUAGAAGAAACAAAAGAAAAAUCAUUAAAAGAAAUAGCGAAUCUUGAUAUGAAAAAGAGCUUUAAAAAGGAGAAAAUUGAGGAAUUAAAAGAAAUUUUUUAUAAAAUCAAUUAUGAUUGUGUUAAGCCUAAAGAAAAAAGAUUAGAGCAAAUCAAUGAAAAAUAUUUUUCUAAUAGGCUGAAUGAUGAAAUAAAGGAUUUGGAGGAUUUUUUUAAUAGAACUUUAAAGCAAAAGCAUAGGAUUAUUGCUCAAUUGAAUAAAGCUAAAGAGCGCAUUGAGAGUUUAGAACAAAAAAAUUAUGAAAACACAGUUAAGUCAAAUAAAAUAAAAGAAAAGAGUAGGGAUAUAGAUAUAAAAACUGAGACUUGUGAGAAAGAAAUUAGGGUAAGGGAGCUGAAAAAUGAUAUAAGUAUUAUUCAAAAGAAAAUUGAGUUUUAUAAGACAGAAUUAGGUGGUUUAAAGAGAAAAAUUGAAAAACUUGAAAAAAUGAUGGGCAAUCUUGAAAAGGAAGAAAAAAUAUAUGAGGAAAAACUGAAAAGAUUUGAGAGAAAUUUCGAAGCGGAAUCCCCAAAAAAGGAAUUAUCAGUUAGUGGUUCUAUAAGAGAAGAGCUGCUUUUAGUUGAAGAAAGAGUUAAAAAAUAUGAAAAUGAAAAUAAAGAAUUAGAAAAUUUAGAAAACGAACUUAAAAUAAUUGAAGAGCAAGCCAUUAAAGCACAGGACGAUUAUGAAUCUUUAAUAAAAGUUAAAACUUUAAAAGAAGAAAAACUUGAAAACAAAAGAAAAUGGCUUAUAUCACUAGGAACCGCUUUCGGGCUUUUCCUCCUAACUAUAUUAAGGUAUGAUUAA